GGGCGAGUGUUCUGUAGCGGAGUGUUUUGUUCUUCCAGUAGAGUUUUGUCUGCGCCGUGGUACGUAACGUACGCCCGCUGUUGAGUGCUCGGUUUCGCGCGAUAUUUGAUAUUGGAUCAAUCUGACCGGUGACCGAUACCACGUGCUCGCCGAUUACAGAAUAUGGGGUACCACGUGUUGCUGCUAUGCGCGUGGCUGGGCUCAGCCAGCGCUAUACUGGAAGUCGUGAGCCAGUGGAACGUGAUGCAGUUCGACUUCCCACCGGAUCCGGUGCUGCUAGAGAAGUUCCAGCCAGAGAACACAGUGGCCACGGGGUUGGAGAUCGGAUGGGACAGAAUCUACUUGGGUAUACCACGAUUGCGCGCCGGCGUGCCCGCCACGCUCGCCUGGAUUCCGCGGAGCUUGCCGCCUGGUGUCAGUCCCGUCCUUCAGGCGUACCCUGACUGGUCGUGGCACACGGCCGGCCGCGGCGACAUUAACUGUACCGGGCUGGUGUCCGUGUACCGCAUCAGGGCCGACCGCUGCAACCGUCUCUGGGUCCUGGACGCCGGCGUCGUCACCAGCCUCGACGACUUCCGCCGCGUCUGCCCCCCCAAGAUACUCAUCUUCGACAUGGCUACCGACCGCCUGGUGCGAAGCGUGUACUUCCCCCGUGAGCUGCUGCGGCCAAGCUCCUUGCUGACCAACCUGGUACUCGACGAGACCCGCUCCAGCGCUCGCCUCGCCUCCAACUGCGAUAACAUCUUCGCCUACAUUAGUGACACUGUCGCGCCAGGUAUCAUCGUGUAUGACGGGCACCGCGACAACGCAUGGCGCGUGACCCACGCCUCCAUGUAUCCCGACCCUGACAUGGGGGAGUACGACAUCAACGGGGAAAGGUUUACGUUGAUGGACGGCAUCGUCGGUCUGGCGCACUCGCCGGCCCAGGGUCUGCUGUAUUACCAGCCUUUGGCCACUGACAGACUAUUCAGCGUGUCCACCGCAGUUCUAGCGGCAGGCCCCCCCGCCGAGGGCACCGACUUGCCCGUGAACCUCGUGGGCCGUAAGUCCUCGCAAGGGCUCGGCAUCGCCGUCGACCCUCGCGACGACACGAUCAUCUUCAGCCCCAUCGUCGAGACGGCCAUCGCUGCUUGGAAUCCUAUCAGCAACUCGCAUAGAGUGCUCGCCCAAGACCCGGAGAAGCUGCAAUUCUGCGCGGAGGUGCGAUGGGCCGAGCGCGACAAUGGCGCCGUGUGGGCCCUCUCCACGCGCUUCCACAAGUACUUCAAGAGACAAGUCAACAAACACGAGAUACACAUACGUAUCGUUCGCGUCGUGGAAGGGGGAUUCCCCUCGUUGCAGCCGCACGUCCUGCGCCGUUCCGCUCGGCGUCAUAGAAACUUCAACGCCACACUGCACUAAUAACAAUCCCAACUAAAUACUAAAUUAUUUUGUUCUUGCACGCAGCAGGAUACUCGUUAGCAAUAUAAAGUACCUAUUGGUACAUUUGGAGCCUACGUACCAAGAGACGAAUAUUUUACGUCAGCGGUAUCAUGAUUUGCUCUGCUGUAUGAUAUACGUGCAAAGAAAACAACAAAUGUACACCUAAAUGAACAAGUUUGCGAUUGCCUAGUACGUUUAAUUUAAUUAGAGUUACACCAUAAUAAGUCUGCAAUGAUUUUGAUAGCAUACGCAGUGCAAGUGUUAUUUAUACGAGUACGUCAUAAUUUCGUAGAAGUUUGCAGUUCAAAAUCGUUACAGACUUAUCUUGGACUAACUCUUAUGUAUUGCUGCAAAAUAAGGAAGCGUUAUAGUUUCAUCGCAACAAAUUGGCCGUCAAAAGUCAAAACAAAUAAAAAUAUUGGAAAGAGAAAGAGCUCAAACCAAAGUAUUUAAUAUUUGGCGAUAACAAAGCGAUGAAUGACAUAAUCUUUUUUAGGGCUUAGUACAAGAGUGACCACGAAAAUCUAAAGCCUAUAUGACAGGUGUAGGAAUUUAAGAAUAUUACUGAUAUUAAUUUGUCUACCUGUCAUAUUAUUAAAAAAGAGAAACGGUUCCAUUGAUUAUUUUAUUGGACAAAGAGUGCGACAGACAAAUAUGACCAGUAAGGUGGUGGCACCAGUAAUGGACAAGAACCAAUUAUGGACAUUUUUUUACUGUACUAAAUUUUUUUUAAACAGACUAUAUUUUUAAAGUAGGUAAUAAUACUUUGUUCGGGUAACUGAUGGCCAAAAUAACUAGUAAAGAUCAUAAAUGGUGGGCGAUAAGGCAUUACAACUUUGCUGUCCAUUACCUACUGAGUACUACUGUCCAUGACUGGUGCCGUUUUUUUUUUAUUCCGAAGACUAUGACAUGUCUGCAUGAAAUGUCAUUUUAGUCUACGGAAUAAAAAAUAGACUAUAGUUAUUUUUUUCCCACAGAGGCUUUUCGACAUAGCAGGCUUUUGAAAUGCUACAUUUCACCUUGGAUUAAAUAUGGUUUGCCUGAUUUUUUAAAUAUGGACGAUAGUGGACAACCGAUUCUCCAUACAAACGUAAUCCCGUUUUCCUCGCUGGGGCCUUUUUUUUCAGUUUUAUAAUUACAUAUUAUAAGAGUUAGGGUUAAGGAGCUCUCAAAAAUUUGUAUGAAAUUUGUUUCUCGC